UUAUAUUUAUGUUUAUAUUUCGAUUGGGGGUUUAAUUUGGCGCCUGCAGUUCCCCGAGGCGUCGGCACGGGGGCGCUCCACGAGACGCGCGAUUGGCCCGCCGCGCAGGUAGUAGGCGUUGCGAGCCGCGCCUCUGCUGGGCGCAUCAGGUAACUGACGCUCGCGGUAUUCCCGGUCGUUUCGUUGUCCUUGUGAAGUUAUUUGUUCCGUUGUUUUUUUUUUCCUUUUUCCCCCUUCCCACGAUAACAUGGAGCAGACGAGCUCGGUCAUUCGCCGUUCUUCUGUUAAAGUGGCGCACUGAAGCGUUUGUGUCCAAACUGCAAGUGGGCACUUUGGGCUCCUCGGCGAGAAGGACGCAGUUUGCCCUGCGUCGAGAAGAGAGAGCGGAGCGAGGAGCAGGAGAGGAGAAGGACCGGAGAGGAGUGGAAAGAGGGGGAGACACCGCAAGAAAGGAGUGUCCUACCGGCCGGCGCAGGACCAGAGAGGAGCUGAGAGGUGCGGUGCGUGCAGAAACAGACGGCACUCGGCGGCACCGACAAGCCGACAUGGCGAGCUGCCGCGAGAUUCCGGCGCUCGGGCUGUAGACCGAGGUGGCGUCGACUCGCCUGCUUUGGCCACGAGGCCUGCUGUUUUCCGCCGAGUUCGGCGUAUCUUUUCCCGAGCUUUCUCCUAACUUUUCCCGGGAUGCUGCCCCCGGCUCGAGAGCGGCUUUAACUCUGCACCCGCACCGGUCCCUAUUGUUGUCCCCGGGCGGUCGAAGAGACGCCUCCACGCCGCCGCAAGCUUGCCGGAGCCCGCCCGUGUGUGCCAUGGACGCCGUGGAUCACAGGACUGGACGCGGGCUCGGGAGGCCAGGUGUGCCGGAGCCAGAGGCGCGAGGACUCGUCGACGGGGUCGCGCUGGUGGAAGUGACGCUGAUCGGCGGCGCACCCUGGGGCUUCACCCUCAAGGGGGGUCUGGAACAUCGAGAGCCGCUGCUCAUUACCAAGAUUGAGGAAGGCAGCAAGGCGGCUGGUCGACUCCAGGCUGGAGAUGAAAUCGUCAGCAUCAACGAGGUCUCGCUGACCGGGUACCGGCAAGAAGCCAUCUGCCUGGUGAAGAGCUCCCACAAGACCCUGACGCUGGUGGUGAAAAGGACGAUGAAAAUGGUGGACAUUGUAGCACAGAAAAUGCCGUCAGAAAGUGACGUUCAUGUGGCCAGGAGCUUCCUUACGAAGAUUUUGAGAAGCUCUAUGAGAAGGAGUCGCCUGAAAGGGCGGAAUGAACCUGUGAGCAGACCUCACUCAUGGCACUCGACUAAAUACACAGAGGGCCAGACCGACGCCACCAAAACUGCUUUAGCCCCCAGCGCAGUGUGGCACAGCCGGUAUGAUGGCAGCUCAUCGUCACAUGACCUGUCCAGCUCCUGGGAUCAAACGAACCUGCGCCGAGUUUCCGACCAGUUCAGCUCGCUUGGCAGCAUGGACAGCCUGGACCAUUCGUCCCAGCCCUAUGAGCGCGGACGUCUGUCGCCGGCCAAGUCCAACAACAGCAUUGACCACCUGGGAGGGGGCAGCGGCGGUGGCAGCGGUAAUAAGAGGGACUCGGCCUACAGUUCUUUCUCCACCAGCUCCAGUACCCCUGACCACACACUGUCCAAGAGCAAUGCCGCCUCCACCGAGAAUAUGCUGUCCAAGGUGGGUCCUUGGGAUGGGGGGAGAAUGGGCAACCAGCGGCAAAGCCAGAACCUGAAUGAAAACAGCCGGCUGGAUGAGAAGCAGAGCUGCCUACUUCUGCCUUCUGGAAAUGGCGACCGAGAAAGCCCGCGGAGCGUCGAGCAGCCGGGCAACAGGCAGUCGGGUUCAGGGAGGUCCAGUUUUGGCCCGGUGUGGCACAUCCCAGAGAAGAAGAGGAACGCGUCUUCUCCCCCACCUCCUCCCCCUCCGGUCCGAAGUGACAGUUUUGCGGCCACCAAAGUUCAUGAGAAGAGUCUGAUGCCACCCUAUUCCGAGGGCACACCUUUCCAUAAGUCCCCGCUCUGGAUGGCCAACUGCACAUCAGCAGAAUCCUGUGACCCCCAGCAGAGGGUGGCUAGACGCAGCCAUAACCAGGUGGUGCCUCCUUUUGUGUCUGUGGACAGCUAUAACAACAACCAGGUGACCGGCAACAGGCUGCACUCGCUGUCCAGCAUCGACAUCCGGGUCGGCCAGACCGCCCAGCACCAGCGCCAGUACAGUGAUGAAAGCACUUUAUACAGCUUCGCCAGGCCGUCUGCCGUGGCACCAAAGCCUCAGGGCAUGGGCGGCUAUUACAGCAGCAUGCAGGAGCUACCGACGGACAACUUGAGCCAGUACUACAAUGAAUCUCAGGUCAGGACCACCGGGGACAGCACCGGACACCCGCGAUAUUACUGUGUGACUGCCAGACAGCCAGCCCAGUCGGUCUCUCAGGCAUCGCUGGUUAAAGUUGAAAACUGGAAGGGCAGCACGGGGACAGACUUGGGCCAGGAUGCCAGUGAGAAGAACCCCUGGCCGAAGCACACACUUCCUCCUCCUCCCCCUCCUCCUCCUCCUCCGCAGCAGCAGUCCUAUCUUGAAACUGCAGCUGACCGAGGGCAUUACUGGCCAGAAGACAAGGAAGGGGGGACACAGGGGCUCAGUCCCGAUGGGGACGAAUGGGGAGGCCAGAAAAGGGGUAACGGAUUCCUGCCUCAUCACUUGGCCGAUGCCCAUCAGCAGCCAGAUGACCUUCCAGACGCCGGUGGUGCCCCACCGAGGGGGCAGUGCAGGGGUGAGGAUGCCAAGAUUUGUCCACAGAAAACCCCAAUGUUACACUCCUUAGCUCAGGAGACCUUCCACUUCCCCGAAAAAUGCAACAAACCUGGUAGGCAGGAUGUUGUGGACCACCCGGCCAAUAGGCAGCAGCGGCGCAGCGAUCGAUUUGCGACCACAUUACGGAAUGAGAUUCAGAUGAGAAGGGCAAAACUGCAGAAGAGCAAAAGUACGGCCGCUCUGAGCGAUCCGAGUGAGGCCGAGGAGGACCAGGAAAGCUGGAAGGCCGACCCCGUGGAGACCCCGACGUCCACCUCAGAUGGCUCCUUCUCGCACUCCUACAAGGACCACCUCAAGGAAGCUCAGGCCAGAGUCCUUAGGGCGACGUCCUUUAGAAGACGAGAUCUGGAGCCUGUGCUGCUCGAGUACCCACCCGACGUGCCUGAAAACCUUCUGGGCCACCCAGCGUCCCUGCCCCUGAAAGACAGCAGCAGUCAAUGCGUCUUCACUGAAGCAUCUCAAAGCAAACUCAACCCCCCUGUUGCUCGCAUCGGGGGGCGAAAACGGUUUUCUGCAGAGCAGAAGGUCCGGUCCUAUUCGGAACCGGACAAGAUCAAUGAGGUGGGCACUGGCGGGGCAGAAGGGGGCCAGUUCCGUCAGUCCGACAAUCCCACGAGUUUUGCUGACCGGCGUAAAUUUUUUGAGGCCAGCAGUAAACCGACUUUCCUUAAACCGGCGGCCAGACAAGCACAACGAAGCUCCCUCGGGGGGCACAGCCUGCGGAAAUCCCACCUGACUGAAGCUGAGGGGGCCUGGCAGGAGAGAAGAACACGAGCCGCCUCGUUUGGCUUUGAGCGCUCGCUGCGUUCUCUAGAGGAAGACGGGGAGAUUCCUGCGAAUGUCGACAGAAGAAACGGCGAGCGAAGCGGACCCCUUGAACAGCAGAGGCUCGGGACGUUUGCAGAGUACGAGGCCACGUGGAACGAGCAGAGGAAGCCAUCAGAAGUCCGGAGCUCUGGGCGCUAUCACUCGGCGGAUAACAUACUCGACUCCGGGGCAGAAGAGAUCGGGAAACCGCAGUGUGUACACGAAAGGUCGAGGUCGUCUCCGUCGGCCGAUUUUUAUGGACAGAAUGUUCUUGUGCCAGCAACGAAGAAGAGGCCUGAGGACACCCCGGUGAAUGGCAGUCGUCCUGGAGCACCCGGUGCCGACACGGAUGCCAGCUCGGUGAGGCUCUCUGAGUCGUCGUCCAGGGCACGGCCCCCUCAAGACAAGCAGCUCGCCGCAGAGGGCAGACACAAACCAUCUCAGCCGGAGCCGCUUUGGGGUCUGCCAGACAACAGGGGGCGCUCUGUCACCCUGCCUAAUGACUACAGAUACAAGGAGGGCGACGAGGCGGCGGCCCGAGCUCGCAUCGCAGAACCCCCACCGCUUGCGCCCCCACUGAUCGACAGUGGGGCUGGCACACUUCCAGAGACCCCGGCUUUGGGUGUAAAGCAGAAGAAAAAGGGGGCCGCACCACAGAGACCUCCGCCGCCCAAACUCGACAAGUACAAGCGGCAAGAGGGCGGCUUCUCGACGACCGACUGCCAAGAGAGCGGUGGGGCGCGCCAGUCCAGUACCCCCAGCUCGGACGCCCUUGCUGCAGCCCUGUCCAGAGUGUCUCUAGGAGAUGUGAAGAGCGACGAGGGCAAGCAGGACGCCAGCGAGAAGGGGCUGCCCGCCAACGCCACCCGGUGCCAUCUUCAUCUCAAGUCAUCCAUGGAGGCGUCGAGGUCCCCCUCACCACAGUUCUCUCCACAGAGGCUCACGGAUAAGCCCCCCGUCUCAGUGAACGAGGAGGCUCCAUCGAGGAUUGAGAAGGUGAUGGACAACAACACCACCGUCAAGAUGGUGCCAAUCAAGAUCGUCCACUCCGAAAGCCAUGCAGAGAAGGAGAGCCGGCCGUACCUCGUCCAGAGGCCUGAGCCCACCUCAGUGCCAGGAGACAACGACAAAGACCAGAUCAAGACGCUGACCUCCAUGGAGCAGUCGUACUCGCGCUUCUGUGCCUACACGAGGCAGGGCGCCGACCAGGAGCAGCGGGCACAAGAUGACGAGCCCAGAAGGAGGGCUGAGCACCCGAGUGACGCCAGGACGGCGGACGACUUGAAGACGGAGGAGCUCGCCAGGGAGAUUGUGGGGAAGGACAAGUCGCUGGCCGACAUUUUAGACCCCAACACGAAAAUGAAGACCACGAUGGACCUGAUGGAAGGCAUCUUUCCCAAAGACGAGCAGCUGCUGGAAGAGGCCCAGCAACGCCGAAGGGUCCCCCCGAAGCCGCAGUCCCCGAAGCCUUCAGAGAGGAGAUCUGAAGAGGCGUCUCCGUCUGCGGCUGCCCUGACGACAAGCUCCUCCUACUACAACACAUCCGCCCCCAAGGCGGAGCUCCUGAUUAAGAUGAAGGACAUGCAGGAGCAGAACGAGGAGGAAGACUCUGAGGAAGAACUGGACCACGACCUGUCGGAGAAAAAGCACGAGCUGAUCGACAGCAUCUCCAAGAAGCUGCAGGUCCUGCGGGAUGCCCGCGAGAGCCUCCAGGAGGACAUUCAGGCCAACAACGAGCUGGGCGAGGAGGUGGAGGCGAAGGUCAAGCGGGUGUGCAAAGCCAACGAGUUUGACAAGUUCAGGAUGUUCAUCGGGGACCUGGACAAGGUGGUCAGCCUGCUGCUGUCUCUGUCGGGCCGGCUGGCCAGGGUGGAGAACGCUUUGAACAACCUGGAUGAGGCGGCGUCGGCCGAGGAGAAGCGCACCCUGAUUGAGAAGCGGAAGCUGCUCAUCACCCAGCACGAGGACGCCAAGGAGCUGAAGGAGAACCUGGACCGGCGGGAGCGCGCCGUCUACGACAUCCUUGGCAGCCACCUGAGCGAGGAGGACCUGGCGGACUACGAGCACUUCGUCAAGAUGAAGUCGGCCCUCAUCAUCGAGCAGCGCAAGCUGGAGGACAAGAUCAAGCUGGGGGACGAGCAGCUCAAGUGUCUGACGGAGAGCCUGACCUCCGAGGCCAGGAUGAAGGGGCUGGCGGCCUUUUGAAAAGGGGCAGACUGGCAGAGGGCGCCCCGGAGCCUCCUGCACAUUGGGGUGGCACUCGAGGCCAGUGGGCGCUGCUAGUAAUUUAUUGUAGAAGUUGAGGGUGAGGCUCGCUGCCCCCCGGCCCCCCUCCACGCCCUCUCAUUUCAAUGCUGGCGUCGUCAUCAGGCCGGAGGACGGGGGUGACACGGGAGCGGCUCCAGAAGUGUCCCCUCCGCCUGACGGGCCCCCGUGAUUUGGACUGCACUUUAGCAGACUCCCCCCAUCCCACCACUGCCAUUACCUUUUUCUCGUUUUUAUAACGCCGGUUGGGGGGGACGCAGCCUGACCGCUUACUCCCUGUUUGGGUCAGCGGGGCAUUGUGAGCGAGCGCAGUCGGCAUGUGGGACCCCCGAGGACCUGCACAUUUCAAAAGGGGGUUCUUUAGGGGGGGGGGCGCCGCCUUACUAGCAACUUUGUUGUUUUAUUUAACUGAACAAAAAGUUCAUUCUGUGGGGGGUCUUGGGGGUCCCAGUCGUCCCAUCUCAGCCUGGAUGCCCGCUGGGCUGCUCUGCUGUCUCUCUGAAGCACCUUUUAUCAAGUCUGAAACCAAACCAAGCGGCCGGCGCGUGCCAGGAGCUGCGUGUCACCUCGUUGUCCCCCGGUGGGUCACAGUGGGCCACCCGCUCCCCCCCCAUUUGCAUUUCCUUGUUAAGUCGAUUUCAUCUCCGCUGUGCUGCUUUGUUUGGGUUCAAUAAAGAGUCGGGUUGAUUGUG